AUGGGAAUUGCCAAUACUCUUCUUGUUAUGGAGUCGAUUCGCUCGAUUGUGGGAGGAGAUAUAAAUCCUGUAAUGGAUGUUCCAACUCUUUCGAUUAUGCUUGGUGGAUCUGCUGUUAAAGUAAUUCUCUGUCUCAUCUGUUAUCGUCGUGGUUCCAGUUCCACCACAGUUCUUGCAAUGGAUAUGAGAAACGAUAUUGCCACGUCAAUCGUUGCAAUUGUGUGCGCAACAAUUGGAGAUCGUUAUUGGCCUUAUGCUGAUCCAAUAGGAGCUAUUCUUGUUUGUGGCGUCAUUGCAACUUCAUGGUAUGGACAUGCACUGGGACAUGUACCUCAUUUGGUUGGGAAACGAGCAGAGGGAGACAAUUUGUCAAGGAUUCUGAAGAUUGUGAUAGAGCACGAUCCCCGGAUAAAAUAUGUUGAUCAUGUGAUGGUUUACCACACGACUCUUGAAGCGUUGGCUGAAGUUCAUAUUGUGAUGGAUGAGAAUCUUCCAUUGAGAACAACACAUGACAUUGCACAAGGACUGGAACAGAAGUUGAUGCUUUUGAGCUUUGUUGAGAGAUGUUUUGUACAUUGUGAUUAUGAAUGUGAUGGAGAUAAGUAG